ACUGUAUGACAAACAUUUGAUAAUUCUGACAUAUAGUCUUAGAGAGAAAACUCGCUACAUUUGUCCAUUGCUAGCAAGGUAUCUUUUAUAUGCAUUAUCUAAUAGACAGGAUCGUAUACAAGACAGCCUUUGAUAUACCAAUAUUGGUGCACUGGCUAGAACGAGAAAUAACCCAAUGAGUUUCUACUUCAUCAUAUAAUAUUGGUUGUGUUCAAGUGCAUGCUUUGUGAUGUGGUGCAAUAAAAUAUAUUCACCCCUGGCACUAACGGGCUUCCGUAGAUUACUGUGUUGAUGAGAGUAGUGAUUAUAUACUUUAUUUAUUUAUUUAUUUAUUUAUUUAUUUAUUUUUCAUUAAGCGGAUGGCGGGUGGGGCGCGUGGAGUGCCAAGGCUGGUUGCUCUAUGUCGUGUGGCGGAGGACUAGAUACACGGAGCAGGACGUGCAACAGUCCAGCCCCGGGAUACAUGGGAGCAGAGUGCGUGGGGGAUUAUGUUAACACCGUGCCAUGCAACACUGACCCCUGUCCAGGUCAAACAGCCAUCCCGUACAGUGAAUUGUGCCCGUUUCGGUGGUUUUCGUGCCGGACAAGUCGUCAGUGUCUCCACUUCCUCAAGAGGUGUGACUGUGUCAAAGACUGUCCUGACGGGAGUGACGAAGACCCCCACUACGCCAUGUGCAUUCCCGAAAUAACCAUGUGUACCAAUUCAGCGGAUUCACAGCAUUUGUCUUGGAUUGGCCUUCUCUCGAUUCUCUGGUUUGCCGUAGACACCUGGUGUCACCACUGUUUGUCCAGUGAUUCAUGAGAAGAUUGCGGCAGAACUUUGUAAAAAAAAAAAAAAAUCC